AUGGCCGAUUUUCAUGCGAAUGCACGGCAGCAUCCUGCCCAAGAUGAUACUUCCCCUUUUAUUCGACUAAUUCCCCCGUCUCCUUUAGUGGGCACCAACGCCAUCCUGCUCACGGUCACCGGUUUCGCCGUCAGUUUGGGCCUGUCUUUUCGCAGCUCGACUGCCUACGAGAGAUAUAGCGAGGGCCGGAAAUAUUGGGCGCAGCUUAUCCUUGCCUGCCAGACGCUGGGCCGUGUCUACUGGAUCCACGCCAAGGAGCGAGAGGGUGAACUGGGAGAGAAGGAUCUACUGGCUAAGCUGACCGCCAUGAACCUCCUCGUCGCAUUUUCCGUCUCGCUCAAGCACAAGCUCCGCUACGAGCCCUACACGUCGUACGACGACCUGGAAAGCCUCGUCUCCCACCUCGACACCUUCGCCGCGGCCGCCACGCGCGAGGAGCCCGAGAAAGCCAAGGCUCGCAAGCGCACCGGCUUCUUCAAGAGCACGGGCGAGCACCUGGGCGUGUCGUUUGCCGAAAGCAACCCGCGCAAGGUGCUCAAGAAGGCGCAACGGCCGCUGGGCAAUCUGCCACUGGAGAUCCUCGCGUACCUGGCUAGCUUCACGGACGAGAUCGUGGAGAACGGCCAGCUUCCGAUCCCCAUGCAGCAGACCCUUGCUUACAACAACCUCUCGAUCCUCAACGACGUCCUGGCCGGGACGGAGCGUGUCCUCACCACGCCACUCCCCAUCGCCUACACCAUCGCCAUCAGCCAGAUAACCUGGGUCUACGUCGCCCUCCUGCCGUUCCAGCUCAUCGCGGUUCUCUCGUGGGUGACGAUCCCCGCGGCGGUGGCGGCGGCCUACAUCAUCCUAGGGAUCCUAUUCAUCGGGCGCGAGAUCGAGAACCCGUUCGGCGACGACGUCAACGACCUGCCGCUCGAGAGCUACUGCGCGCAGGUCGCGUCCGAGCUCGACAUACUCGCGUCCAAGCGCCGCCCCCGCAACAAGGACUGGGUCGAGAGCAACGACAACCGUGUCCUGUGGCCCCUCAGCAGCAGCGGCUGGCACGUGUGGAUGCACCGCGGCGAGAGGCGCGUCCGCGACGCCGUCAGGGCCAAGACCGAGCUCGGCUACGAGGCCAGGAAGGGCGAGAACCUCAUCUUCCGCGCCUUCCGCAACGACUGCCGGCCGCGGCUCGCCGACGUGUUCCGCAUCCAGGUCAUCAGCAACGCGCAGGUGCGGUCGCCCAUCCUCACGCUCGGCAGCACGACGUUCAGCCAUGUCAAGCACGAGAACAUCUACCUGGUGGCCGUCACCAAGAGCAACGCCAACGCGGCGCUCGUGUUCGAGUUCCUGUACCGCCUGAUCCAGCUCGGGCGGGGCUACUUUGGCAAGUUCGACGAGGAGGCUGUUAAGAACAACUUUGUGCUCGUGUACGAGCUGCUCGACGAGAUCAUCGACUUCGGCUACCCGCAGAACACGGAGACGGACACGCUCAAGAUGUACAUCACCACCGAGGGGGUCAAGUCGGAGCGGGCGCCCGAGGAGUCGGCCAAGAUCACCAUGCAGGCCACGGGGGCGCUGUCGUGGCGCAAGGCCGACGUGAAAUACCGCAAGAACGAGGCCUUUGUCGACGUCAUCGAGGACGUCAACUUGCUCAUGUCGGCCACGGGCUCGGUGCUGCGCGCCGACGUGACGGGCCAGAUCGUCAUGCGCGCCUACCUCAGCGGCACCCCGGAGUGCAAGUUCGGCCUCAACGACCGCCUCCUGCUCGACAGCGACGGCCUGCUGAGCCUGCCGAGCGGCAACCGCAUGGGCACCAAGGCCACCAAGGCCGCCGCGGGCAGCGUCACCCUCGAGGACUGCCAGUUCCACCAGUGCGUGCGCCUCGGCAAGUUCGACAGCGACCGCAUCAUCAGCUUCGUGCCGCCCGACGGCGAGUUCGAGCUGAUGCGCUACCGCGCCACCGAGAACGUCAACCUGCCCUUCAAGGUCCACGCCAUCGUCAACGAGGUCGGCAAGACAAAGGUCGAGUACAGCAUCGGCGUCAAGGCCAACUUCGGCUCCAAGCUGUUCGCCGCAAACGUCGUCGUGCGCAUCCCCACGCCCCUCAACACGGCCCGCAUCACCGAGCGCUGCACCCAGGGCAAGGCCAAGUACGAGCCCGCCGAGAACAACAUCGUCUGGAAGAUUGGCCGCUUCACCGGCGGCAGCGAGUUCGUCCUCAGCGCCGAGGCCGAGCUCACGAGCAUGACCAACCAGAAGGCCUGGAGCCGGCCUCCGCUGAGCAUGGAUUUCAGCCUGCUCAUGUUCACCAGCUCGGGGCUGCUGGUGAGGUACCUCAAGGUCUUUGAGAAGAGCAACUACUCGAGCGUCAAUAUGUCGAGUUAUCAUUGUGGUGGUGGUGGACAGGACAGGACAUCGAUCAAAUUGCACCAGUGCUGA